CGUGCCCAGGAAACGCGGCCGGCGCUCGGCUGCACACGUGGGCGCGCUAUGGAGAGCUGUCACUUAAACGACCCUGCUGUGGAAGCCAGACCAAUUGUGACCUCAAAACAGAAGGUUGAAGUGGUUUGUGGUGUCCCGACCCAGGUGGUCUGCACAGCUUUCAGCAGUCACAUCCUUGUGGUGGUGACCCAGUAUGGAAAAAUGGGUACCCUGGUCUCUCUGGAGCCUAGUACGGUAGCCAAUGAUAUCUGCAAGCCUGCAAUCACUACUAGAGUGCUCCUCGGGCAAGAUGAGCCCCUUAUCCAUGUCUUUGCAAAGAACCUAGUGACGUUCGUGUCUCAAGAAGCAGGAAACAGGCCUAUUCUCCUGGCUUUGGCCUUGAAGGAAAAAAGUGUGGAAGGGGUGAGAGCCCUGAAGGAAGUGAUUCGGAGCUGCCAGGUGUGGUGAAACAAGGCCCUGCCUGCCAGCUGGAUAUUCCAGGGGAAAGCUCUUGAAUCAAGACAUCAUAACUCUUCUUCCAAAGGAACCUUUUAUUUUCUUGUGGCUUAUAGCCCAUGCAGUUGAGAGAGAACUGUUUUCACAUCUCAGAACAAACUCAGUUUGGUUUUGAUACUAAUGUUGGGGGGUGGGGGAGGGGCCAAUUCCUUUGUGAAUUUAUGAAUGGUUUUUCAUUGAGGUCUGCAGAGUUGCAUGCUUUUGAGAAUUGUUACAGUGAAUCAUCCUUCAGGAUGGGAUCCCCUGUGUUCUGUGUAUAACAUCAGUUGCAGGAGGAAUUUUCAGAGAGAGAACAAAGCCGAGUAGUAGUCAAUGCUCAUUUUACAUACUUUAUCACUUUUUUCUUGCAUAGUAAAAAUCUCAAUUGCACAAGCCCCAACAUUCCAAACUAUGAAUGUAAUUAAAAGUACUCUAGAUGUAUGAGAACUUGUUUGAUAAGCAAUAAUAGGUAUGUGACUCACACUGUUCAAAUAAAUACUGGGAAUUAAUCUUA